CCGCAUGAUAGCAGUUGGUCGUUGAGUGUCGACGACAUCGUUACUCCGCUCUUUCGCUCCAUCGUUGUAUUCUCUUUUCGCGCAUAAUCAGCGCGCGAAAUCAGAACACUUGAUUAAGUAAGUUCGUCGUGUAAACAUCCACGACUCUGCAAUUCCGUUUUAAUUCACAAUUUUACGCGCUAAUAAAUGUGCUAUAUUUGGAUUAGUGGGAAAAUUUGAUAAACAUGGUAUAUAUACUCGUCUUGUCGGUGGUAGCCGGCGCUCUGGGCCUUUAUUAUUUCCUCUUCAAGGAUCUGAACUUGUUCAAGAAUCAUAACAUCCCGCAUAUUAGGCCGCUACCCUUGGUAGGCAAUAUGGGAGCGCCGAUGUUGCGCCUGCAACCAAUAGCUGCGCUCGUGAAGAAUCUGUACGACGUGCAUCCCGAAGCCAAAUAUACCGGCUUGUACGACUUAACCAAGCCAGUGGUGGUCCUGCGUGACAGUGAGCUCAUCAAAUCCAUUACAGUGAAGAACUUCGAAAUGUUUCCUAAUCAUCGAGUCUUUAUCCAGGAGGAUCAGGACCAGCUGUUCUCCAAUAAUCUGUUUUCCCUGCAAGAUGAUACGUGGCGACAAGUGCGGGCUGUGUUGAGUCCGGCCUUCACGUCCAGCAAGAUGAAGGGCAUGUUCAAGUUGAUGUCGGACUGCGCCAACGAUUUCGGUAAAUUCGUGGCGGAAUUGCCACCAGAACAAAGAGUGAUGGAGAUGAAGGACAUCUUCACGAGAUACACCAACGACGUGAUCGCUACUUGUGCUUUUGGAGUCAGCGUCGAUUCCAUGCGUAACCCGAAGAAUCCCUUUUACGUGUACGGCAGAGAGGCGACUACUUUCGAUAGUAUCGCCUUCCUAAAAAUAUAUAUAUUCAGAAGUCUGCCGUGGCUGGCAAAAAUACUCAAACUGAAAUUCAUUCGUACGGAGAUCGCGAACUUUUUCCGGGAACUUGUGGAAACCACUAUCAAGACCAGGGACGAGCAGGGUAUCGUGCGGCCGGACAUGUUGCAACUGAUGAUGGAAAGUAGAGGAAAGAAGGAAGGUAGAAAAGAUCUAACUAUCACUGACAUGACUAGCCAGGCCUUUAGCUUUUUCUUCGGCGGUUUCGACAGUACCUCGACGUUGAUGUGUUUUGCCGCGCAUGAAAUCGCAGUUAACCAAGAUAUUCAAAAGAAAUUGCAGAACGAAAUCGACCAGGUCCUGGAGCACACAAAUGGCGAGUCGCCGUAUGAUGUGGUCAACAACAUGGAAUACUUGGACGCUGUAGUGAGCGAGACUCUCAGGAUGUACCCGGUCGCCGUAGCGUUUGACAGAGUAUGCAAGAGAGAUUUUGAGUUGCCGCCAACGUUACCAGGCGUAAAGCCCUACACCGUGAAGAAAGGUCAUGGCAUUUGGAUACCCAUUUACGGAUUCCACCAUGAUCCAAAAUACUUCGAGGAGCCUGACAAAUUUAACCCCGAACGGUUUCUAGGCGAGCAAAAGAAAUAUAUUCUCAACACAGGAGUUUAUCUACCAUUCGGCGCAGGCCCCAGGAUGUGCAUAGGUAAUCGAUUCGCUCUGUUGGAAACGAAGGUGUUACUCUUUCAUCUGCUGGCACGUUGCGAUUUACUACCUUGUAAGAAGACGCGCAUACCACUCAAGUUGGCCAAUGACGGCUUCAAUAUGAAGGCUAAGGGAGGUUUCUGGCUGAAAGUGAUGCCGAGGGAAAAGCCCUAUCGCACGGUCGCAGUUAACAAUAUUAACGGCGCAUAGGAACUGUAGGGGAAUUUUUGUUGAUUCAUAUGUUAGAUUCAUAUGUUAGAUUCAUAUGUAAAUGAUAUAGGUAACAUUGUUAAUUGCGAAAUAAAAUCCAUUCUAAAUAUUAAUAUACUCUAUUCAAGAGAAGUAUAACAUAAAAAGUUAUGGGCAAAAAUAUCUAAAAUUUUAAUGACCAUUACUCCGUGAAAAAUCAUUGUACGAACAUGUUAUUUUGUUUUGUUUGUAGGUAUAGUGUUUAAGGAGCUAUUGUUGGAUUUCUUAUUAUGGCAUUCUGUAUUUUCUUAAUUUUUUUAUGUCACAUUUUUUUUCAACAGUGUGAGACUAGAUAUACUACAUAUUUGAAAAUUUCGAAGACACAAUUUCUUAAAUAAAUAAUUUUUAACUGACUGUACAACCACGAUAGAGAUAAUAUUUAUCUAGGUAUUAAUAGCCACUAUAAUCGUACUAAUCGUAUAUUUUGUUUUGUAUUAACUAAAAUAUGUAGCAGCGUGGCUAUCUGGCCUUGAUACCAGCGAUUCAGUGCUCUAGUGUAAGCUCGUAUACACGAAAAUACUUAUAUAAAGUUUGUAUCUUGAUUAGUUUAAUAAUUAUUGGGUUUCUGCGGGAGGUUUCUAUAGCUUUUCUGCUUUUGACCUUAAUUAUGAGCUAACGUUGCUUACUGUAUUCCCGAUGAAAAAUAUUAAUACAAAAUUUCAAAAGAAUUGAAAAGUUAUUUUGUUACUGUAUCCAUUUUUUUCUAUUGUUUAACUGAGAUAUUAUUUCAAUUUUUAUGAGAGUGAAAAAACUCAGAGGAAAAUACUUAUAUUCUAAAUGUUUCUAAAUGUUAUCUAAACAUUUUAUGAUUUUGUAUCCAUUAUUCUCUCUCGAGAUAAAUUCUAUAAGAAACGUAGGAACAACGUAUCCCUGGCAUCAUCUAGCCCCGAUUUCUCUUAUACGAAGAAGAAUGUUAAUAAAUGCGAAGAAAAAUA